CGCACGCGCCUUCUCCCCCUCUCCCAUUUCCGCAAACACCUCGCAAGAAAAAGCAACCAACCCCCAUGGGCGGCCUCCUCCCCCUCCUGCCGCUGCUCCUCCUCCUCCUCGCCGGGGCGGCGGCGGCGGCGACGCGCCCGCCGUUCGCGUGCGCGCCUGGCGGCCCGUCGACGAGGCUUCCGUUCUGCCGGCAGGCGCUGCCGCCGCGGGCGCGCGCGCGGGACCUGGUGGCGCGGCUGACGCGGGCGGAGAAGGUGCGGCUCCUGGUGAACAACGCGGCCGGGGUGCCGCGGCUCGGGGUGGAGGGCUACGAGUGGUGGUCGGAGGCGCUCCACGGCGUGUCGGACACCGGGCCGGGGGUGCGCUUCGGCGGCGCCUUCCCGGGGGCCACCGCGUUCCCGCAGGUCAUCGGCACCGCCGCCUCCUUCAACGCCUCGCUCUGGGAGCUCAUCGGCCGGGCGGUGUCAGACGAGGGCCGCGCGAUAUACAACGGCAGGCAGGCGGGCCUCACCUUCUGGAGCCCCAACGUGAACAUCUUCCGCGACCCUCGGUGGGGCCGCGGCCAGGAGACGCCCGGCGAGGACCCCGCCGUCUCCGGCCGCUACGCCGCCGCCUACGUCCGUGGCCUCCAACAGCAGCACGCCGGCCGGCUCAAGACAGCCGCCUGCUGCAAGCACUUCACGGCGUACGACCUGGACCGCUGGUCGGGCGCGGACCGCUUCCACUUCAACGCCAUCGUGACGCCGCAGGACCUGGAGGACACCUUCAACGCGCCCUUCCGCGCCUGCGUCGUCGAAGGGCGCGCCGCCGCCGUCAUGUGCUCCUACAACCAGGUCAACGGCGUGCCCACCUGCGCCGACCAAGGAUUCCUCCGCGGCACGAUCCGUGGGAAGUGGAAGCUCGAUGGGUACAUCGUCUCCGACUGCGACUCCGUCGACGUCUUCUACCGGGAGCAGCACUACACGCGGACCCGCGAGGACGCCGUCGCCGCCACGCUCCGGGCGGGGCUCGACCUUGACUGCGGCCCCUUCCUCGCGCAGUACACCGAGGCGGCCGUGGCCCAGGGGAAGGUGAAGGAGGCGGAUAUAGACGCAGCCGUCGUCAACACUGUUACCGUGCAGAUGCGGCUCGGGAUGUUCGACGGCGACGUGGCCGCGCAGCCGUUUGGCCACCUCGGGCCGCAGCACGUGUGCACGCCGGCGCACAGGGAGCUGGCGCUCGAGGCGGCGUGUCAGAGCAUCGUGCUCCUCAAGAACGGAGGGGGGAACAACAUGAGGCUGCCGCUGUCCUCGCACCACCGCCGCGGCACCGUUGCGGUCGUUGGCCCGCACUCGGAGGCUACCGUGGCCAUGAUCGGGAACUACGCGGGCAAGCCUUGCGCGUACACCACGCCGCUGCAGGGGGUCGGCCGGUACGCACGAGCCACCGUGCACCAGGCGGGCUGCACGGACGUGGCGUGCCAGGGCAGCGGCCAGCCGAUCGACGCUGCGGUCGACGCGGCCCGCCACGCUGAUGCCACGGUCGUCGUCGUCGGGCUUGAUCAGUCGGUCGAGGCCGAGGGCCUGGACAGGACAACCCUACUCCUUCCAGGCAGGCAGGCGGAGCUCGUCUCGGCCGUGGCUAGGGCCUCCAAAGGGCCGGUGAUCCUCGUGCUCAUGUCCGGCGGGCCAGUUGACAUCGCGUUUGCCCAGAACGACCGGAACGUCGCCGCCAUCCUGUGGGCUGGGUACCCUGGCCAGGCCGGUGGCCAGGCCAUCGCUGACGUGAUCUUCGGCCACCACAACCCAGGAGGGAAGCUACCAGUGACAUGGUACCCGGAGGAUUACCUGCGGAAGGCGCCGAUGACGAACAUGGCGAUGCGCGCCGAUCCAGCGAGAGGUUACCCGGGCCGGACAUACCGGUUCUACGCCGGCCCGACGAUCCACCCGUUCGGACACGGCCUCAGCUACACCAAGUUCGCCCACACGCUCGCGCACGCGCCAGCACACCUCACCGUCCGGCGCGCCGCUGGACACCGUACUACCGCCGCCAUCAACACGACCACGGCGUCGCAUCUCAACGAUGUGAGAGUGGCGCACGCACAGUGCGAGGGCCUGAGCGUCUCGGUCCACGUCGACGUGAAGAACGUCGGCAGCCGGGACGGCGCGCACACGGUGUUCGUGUACGCCUCGCCACCCAUCGCUGCAAUCCACGGCGCGCCGGUCCGGCAGUUGGUGGCGUUCGAGAAGGUGCACGUGGCCGCCGGCGCCGUGGCACGCGUCAAGAUGGGCGUCGACGUCUGUGGAAGCCUCAGCAUCGCCGAUCAGGAAGGGGUCCGGAGGAUCCCCAUCGGCGAGCACCGCCUGAUGAUCGGCGAGGAGCUGACCCACGCCGUCAUGCUCGGUGUCGAGCAGCUAGCGGCAUAGAAAGCAUCGCAGGUAGCAACUGUUAGGCCAUGGAUGUCUUCUUGCAGGGGCUGCGAUCUCUUUGGGGGUUUUGACUUUUGAUGUAUUGAUUCGGGAAUUGGGUUUCCAUAGUGCCGGGCACUGUCUCUGCAAAGGUGGAGACAGGAAUAAGGGAUGCGCCACCUCAUCACUAAAAUUGUUCUACGUCUGAAAACGAUUGAUUAACUGGAAGGAAUACAAAGAAUCAUUGGUUCUUCUUGUGUCAA